CGUAGCGGGAUGCCAACAACUUGUUGAAAAACCUUCCUGGACUAUCUGUCACGCUGUGAUGGGCACCUUCUGGAUACUCCUAGCUCUGGCUUCUCUGACGGUUUGCAAAGCUUCACAGUACAAAAACUUACUUGAACCUUGUCUCAAUGGAGGAACAUUCAUAGCUCUACACAACGGAACCCAAUACUGCAGGUGCCCUGAGGGAUACUUGGGUGACCACUGUCAGGUUGCUGGGCCACCUUGUACCCCAUUUAUCUGCCAGAAUGGAGGAACCUGCUUACGUCUGUCUGCCAUGGAGUAUCGCUGCACGUGUGGGCCUGGAUGGACAGGCAAGAACUGUAUGGACCUGGACCACUGUACAACCAAUCGCUGCAUGAACAAUGGAAAAUGUGUCAAUAAGCCCCCAGGGUUCGAGUGCCAGUGCCAGCUUGGCUUUGAUGGGGAGGCUUGUGAGAAGGACGUAGACGAAUGCCAAGAAGCCGGAACCUGCAGAAACGGUGGAACAUGUGUGAAUUUUAUAGGAUCCUUCAGAUGUGAGUGUCCGGUCAUGUAUGAUGGAAUCAAUUGUGAAAUGAGGCGAGGGAUGUGCUCGUCCAACAGCUGCUUCAAUUCGGGAACUUGCCAUCGAACAGACAUCAACUUGUAUCAGUGUGCAUGCCCUCCAGGGUAUACAGGUUCUCAAUGUGAGGAGAACAUUGAUGACUGUAUCAACCACAAAUGUCAGAAUGGAGGCACCUGUGUGGACGGACUUGAAAAAUAUACUUGUAGAUGCCCACCUGGAUGGGAAGGAAGCUUGUGUUCUCGGGACAUUGAUGAAUGCCAAUCUCCUGGCAUAUGUAAGAAUGGAGGAACCUGCCAGAACAUUCCGGGUCAAUACAAGUGUGUGUGUGUCAAUGGCUGGGAUGGGGAUAAUUGUGAACACAACAUAGAUGAUUGCGCCACAGCCACUUGUGCAGAAGGAGCAACCUGCAUUGACCAAGUGGGGACAUAUACCUGCCAGUGCCCACCGGGGAGGAUCGGUCUUUUAUGCCAUAUGGAGGACGGCUGUCUAAAAAAUCAGUGUCAUCCAAAUGCCACAUGUGACACCCACCCCUCGUCUCACAGGGUAUUUUGUCGCUGCCAGGCGGGCUAUACAGGAUCCACAUGUUAUGAGGACCUGAAUGAAUGUGAACUAGGCCCAUCCCCUUGUGAACACGGAGGAGAAUGCGUUAACACCGAUGGAUCCUUCUUGUGCCGUUGUCCUCUCGGCUACACUGGUGCCCGCUGUGAAACAAAACGGGAUGAGUGCCAGCCGAACCCCUGCUACAAUGAGGGCACCUGCAUUGACUUCCCCGGCCAUUUCCAGUGUUUGUGUUCACUUGGAUAUACGGGGAACAUUUGUGAAGUAGAGAUUGAUGAAUGUUCGAGUUCUCCGUGCCAAAAUGGUGGAAACUGCACAGAUAUGCUGAAUGAUGUCCUCUGUUCAUGUCCUCCAGGUUUCGAGGGUAAACACUGUGAGUUGAAUGUGAAGGAAUGUUCCAGUUCUCCUUGUCACUUUGGUCACUGUGUAGACCACCCGGGUUUCUUCACAUGUGAAUGUUUAGAAGGAUACACCGGCCUAUGGUGCGAACAGGAUAUCGAUGAAUGCCUAAGCCAGCCGUGCCACAAUGGUGCCAAGUGUCUGGACCGGCAAAAUGGUUUUGAAUGUUUAUGCGAGCCAGGGAUGACAGGUCCCACCUGUGAUGCAAAUAUCAAUGAAUGUGCCAGUAACCCCUGUGUACGGGGGCACUGCAUCGACCUCGUGAACAAUUUUCAAUGUCAAUGUGAACCGGGCUUCUCAGGGCCUCUAUGUGAUGUUGACAUUGAUGAAUGUAUUAAUAACCCUUGUGAAAAUGAAGGGACUUGUCAAAAUGUAGAUGGCGGCUUCCUGUGCACCUGCCCACCGGGGACGGUACUUCCUGUUUGUGUUCUUCUCAAUAUAAGCUGCAGCAACAUUACCUGUGUCCACGGGAGCUGUCAGGACAAUAGCUCUGAGUGUGAGUGUGAGGAUGGAUGGACGGGACCAAACUGUGAAUCUCCCAUCCAUGAGUGUGCCACCAAUUCCUGCAAAAACGGGGGAACCUGCCAACCAAACCAAGAUGGCUUCAACUGUAGCUGUACCACCGGGUAUACAGGGAUAUACUGUGAGACCACCAUAUCCCUCUGUCAUCCAGACAGCUGUCAACAUGACGGAAUCUGCUAUGAUCACCCCAACUUUACUGCCCCCUCCUGUCUCUGCCCUAAAGGAUGGAGCGGAUUCUCUUGUGAACUUGAUGAAGAUGAAUGUGUGGAAGAUCCCUGUAAGAAUGCGGGAAAAUGCGUAAAUAGUCCCGGAAAUUACAGUUGCGUCUGUUCUCCGGGCUACGUGGGGCCACAUUGUGAGAUGAAGCUUGACCACUGUUCAACAGACAGCUGCCAGAAUGGAGGAACGUGCACAAGUCUGAUAGAUUCCUUCACAUGUACGUGUCCACCUGGAUACAUAGGGACGUUGUGUGAAGAGACGGUGGACCACUGUAGAAGUUUACCCUGCCAAAAUGGAGGGGCCUGCAGGAAACUAACCAAUUCCUACAAAUGUGACUGUGUCAGAGGCUACGAGGGGAUCAACUGUGAGGUCAACACUCAGGAUUGUACCAACAGUUCCUGUCUUAAUGGAGGCACUUGUGUGGAUGGCGUUGCCUCCUUCACCUGUCUGUGUCCAGAGAAAUUCACAGGUAGCCAGUGCCAAGAUCAAGUGACAUUUUGCAAACCGGAACCAUGCAAAAAUGGAGGCACGUGCCAUGAUGUUCCAGGAGGCUACAUCUGCUCCUGUCCUGAGAUAUACACGGGGGACAACUGUGAGGACACUGUGGAUUUCUGUGCUCGUAAACCGUGUCAAAAUGGAGGCUCCUGCUCUCAGAUCGGGACCAACUACCGCUGCUCUUGUGCUCUCGGAUGGGGUGGAAGUCACUGUGAGACCUCCCUUCUGACCUGCAAGGCCACAGCUUCCAGAGGAAUAAACCCAGACUCACUAUGUCAUGGACACGGACACUGUGUGGAUUCUGGUACAUCGUAUGUGUGUCUCUGUUUCCCUGGAUAUUCUGGUGCUCUUUGCCAAGUGAAGAUUGAUCCAUGCCAGCCAAACCCUUGUAAAAAUGGUGGCCGCUGCUCGGAUAUUUCUGGGUCACCUUCCUGCCAGUGCCCUCUUGGUUACUUAGGAAAAACUUGCACAGAAAGAGAUCCAUGCCAACCACAACCUUGUCUACACAAUGGACUGUGUGUUCCCCAAGGCGGCAGCUAUCAAUGUGUUUGUCCUUUAGGAACCCAAGGACCCCGGUGUGAAGUCAACGUGGAUGAGUGUGCCACCAGUGAGCCCCGGUGUUUUCAUGGGGGCACCUGUCUGGAUAAGGUUGGGGGUUUCACUUGCGUAUGUCCUCAAGGCUACGUAGGAGACCGCUGUGAAGGGGAUGUGAACGAAUGUCUCUUCAACCCAUGCGACCCACGGGGGACACUUACCUGUGUCGAAGUGGCCAAUGGUUACCAGUGCCAAUGUCAUCAAAAUUAUACCGGUCAGAGGUGUGAAAAUAUCAUCAAUGUCUGUGACCAUAACCCAUGUGAGAAUGGCGGAGUCUGUACGGUGGCCGUGAACACUCUUCUUGGAUUUACAUGCACCUGUCCAAAGGGGUAUUUGGGUCCGACCUGCAGCACUGAUGUAUGCACAUCCUUCACUUGCUAUUUUGGUGGAACUUGUGUCCUGGGAUUGGAUGGGAAACCACAUUGUAAUUGUUCCCAUGGUUUUACUGGACCGAGGUGCCAACAGUAUGUGGGACCUACCGCCUCACCUCCCCAGGGGCCAUGGAAAUAUUGUCCACAUGUAGAUUGCCGGAGAACCUUCCGAAAUGGAAUCUGUGACAAACAAUGUAACAAUAAGGCGUGCCUAUAUGAUGGGUUUGACUGUAACUCUACAGGAAUCUGCAAUCUUCUCUAUGACAAGUACUGCCUUGAUCACUUCGCCAAUGGUCACUGUGAGAAGGGAUGUGAUAAUGCCGAGUGUGGCUGGGAUGGAGGUGACUGUUCAGGACACGAGAGCCCCAUAGGAAAAGUCAUCCUGGUGCUGAGUUACAAUGCCUCGGUCCUACACCGCUAUGAUGUCAUCAAACUAUUGCGCUUCCUGUCCAUGCACCUCCAUGCAAAGUUACGACUAGCAAGAGACAAUGAUGGAGAUAUGUUGUUCAGGUUGUGUAAAGAAAACGAUCCUCAAGACCUGGAUCCUGAGAAGUUGGAAAGGUGGAAGUAUGAAAUGGCCACUAAUCCAAGGCAGGAACAUGAGGGGAAAGAGACUAUUGGGUGUGUCCUGUACAUGGAGAUACUUGGCUCCCACUGUCCCUUGUCUUCAUGUAUUGACUCCUCUGAAGAGGCCGUUCACUUCUUGGAAGCUCUAAAUGCGACAGAACAGCAAUAUACUUUCCUGGGAGUAAGUCAUAUUCCAAGUGCUACAAGACCGUCCUCCCCCCCAAUCCCGAUCCACCAGGCCCCAUGGUUUUUACCAGUGAGUGUUGUUUUCCCAAUGAUACUGAUAGCUGUGGUGAUCAUUGGGGUGAAGGUCAGCAGGAAGCGGCAGCAUGGCACCCUAUGGCUACCGUCCGGCUUCAACCGUCACCGAGCACAAGAGGGGAGUAGGAGACGAGAACCCGUGGGGGAAGAUUCUGUUAGACUAAAACCAAUGAAACCCGACUCUGGUUAUGAUGAUUCAGGCCCAGAAGAUGGAAUCGUGCCACCUAAAUCGAGAAGAUUAAAAAUGAAUACAGACCCGACCAUUCUUGAUCAUCGACAGUGGAGUCAACAACACAUCGAUGCUGGCGUCCGAUUCCCACAAGGCAUUGCUUUAACUCCGCCCCAGGAGGAUCCUGAUGGUCGAGACAUAGACGUGAGAGGUCCAGAUGGAGUGACUCCACUAAUGUCGGCCAUCUGUGCGGGAGGCGGCCUGGAACCUGCCGGAGGAGGUGUUGAUCCACCAGAAGUUGAAUGUUCAGCAAGUGUCAUUUCAGACCUCAUUGGCCAGGGGGCCAGUCUCAAUGCCCAGAUAGAUUCUACCGGGGAGACGGCUCUUCACCUUGCUGCUCGUUUUUCCAGACAAGAUGGUAUAAAGUGCAUGUUGGAUGCUGGAGCUGAUACCAACGUCCAGGACAGGCUGGGCCGGACCCCACUUCAUACAGCUAUUGCUGCAGAUGCGCUGGGUGUUUUCCAGACCCUCUUGAGAUGCCGGCAGACAGAUAUUGAUGCCCGAAUGCACGAUGGGUGUACACCACUAAUCUUGGCCUCUCGCCUCCCUGUACAAAAUAUGGUGGAAGAGCUUGUCGCAUGUGGUGCAGAUAUUGGAGCAACUGAUAACAGAGGUAAAUCUGCACUUCAUUGGGCUGCAGCGGUGAAUAAUGUCCCAGCAAUGAAGACACUUUUGAGCAAUGGAGCAAACAAGGACCUUCAAGACAAAAGGGAUCAGACUGCCCUCUUCCUUGCGGCACGAGAAGGUAGUUAUGAAGCUGUUCGGCUUCUCCUUGAACAACAGGCGGAUCGAGACCUGGCCGAUCACGUAGGCCAUCAGCCUCGACAUGCAGCUAGAGAUCGUGGCCAUAGAGAUAUCUUACGCCUUCUCGAAGAAAGCAGCCAAUUGCUGAAUAGGGCCACUCCUGCCGUCCAACACACUGGAGCUCCACAGCUAAAAAAGACCCCCCGACCUCGACCCAAGGAACUCGCCAAACCUCCUCCUUUACCUCACAUAGACUUGAGCAGUUCUUGCUACCACAGUGCCCCUCCUGGUUCCGCUCCACCUUAUUUAACAGGAGCUCAAUCGGAAACCAACUGCUGCCAAUCGCAUCAUGGUAUGGCAAACUAUGGAGGAAAUUGUCCACCCUAUUCCCGAAGUGGCUCCUUCUCUUCAGGCGUGGCACAAUGUCAGUGGGGUGGUCAUAGAGGUUGGAAGGUUCAUUUCUGUCCAUCAGGUUGUACGGUGCCGGAGGCUUCUUAUUCGGGUGGAGGACAACAGAUGUCUCCUCAUGCCCACUGGCUACCAGAACCUCACUAUCCCAAAUCUCCAAACUGCCAAAAUCCUGUGCCCAACUACUGCUCUACUCCAGCUAUGGAGCUACCACCUAACAAAGACGUCUCUAGUCCUCACGCUGACCAGAUUGGGCAAAAUAUAUAUUUAACCCCUCCUUCAUCUCAAUAUGGUUACCCUUCUCCUGCUAGCCCAGAAGAGACACAGUCCACACAAAAGACGUGUAUGCAUCACCAUCCAUUCCUUACUCCCUCGCCCGAGUCCAGAAAUCCCUGGGGUAUUGCUUCACCGUGAUGGAACCAAAGGUGUUGAUUCGUUGAUCUAAAAUUCCAUCCAAAUGAAGAAGGGACAAUCCCAGAAGCACUUUCUGAAACAUGGGUAUCUUUACCCUUGUCUAUGAGCCAAAAUAUCUAAUUUCUUGCUCAUUUCUUCUUCUAUCGGGUUAAUUUUUAUUCUUAGGGACUGGAGGUGUAAAUGUUGGCUCAACGUUCGAGAAGAAUGGGACUACACCAAAAUAAGUUCUAACAGAUAUAAAAAAAAAAACAUGUUUUUUUGGGUAAUAUUUUGUUAUGUCUGUUUAGACUUAGUCAAUACCAUAGACAAAGACCACACUAAUACUAUGGGGCCCUUUGAGAGUUCAGCCCCAGUUGGACUUUUACAGUAGGAAAAAACACUUGUGAAGGACUCACAUCUUUUGAGGAACCAUGUUAUCAGCAAAGAAGGUUAUGGGCCAAAGGCAUGGAAAGGAAAGAGACUCAAGGUCUAUUGGUCUAGGGCGGGGGGAACACAACACCAUGAUGGACGGCCAUUUUGAUCUUCAUUAUGGGGCCUUGUGACGAAAUGUAUUUAUUUACCGAGUCUCGGGACAUUGUUGAGAGACCCUAUAUCAGUGGUCGUGCUCAAACUGCGGACCUCCAGAUUUGCAAAACUACAACUCUUAGCAUGCCCGGACAGCCAACGGCUGUCCGGGCAUGUUAAGAGUUGUAGUUUUGCAUCAUCUGGGGGUCCACAGCAUGGAGUCCAUUGCCCUAUACAGUCAAUGUCACUUGGCUCCCUUUCAAUAUACUAUUUGUUAUUAGGUGAUAUCUGUAUUACCGUAUAUGUGAAGCAGAUAGAAAAAUAUUGUUUGUAACCUACAGAUUUGGGGGUAUUUUUUCUACCCCCUGUAUAUGUAUACUUUUCCCCCAUAAUUGUGUAGUAAGCAGCUCCCCCUGGUGUGAUGCCAGAGCCAAGUGUUGUCAUCCAUUGGGAUUAUUUCUCCCGUUUUUGCUUCCUCUUUCUCCCCCCUAUUUCAAGUUUUACACAAGAUGGGUUUUUUUGUGGUCUGAGGCGGUUUCUAAAUAUUUAGGCUACGUUCACACUACAGAAUCUGCCUCCUUUGCUGCCUCUGAAACCCUUUAGCACUAGGACCUCAUGGACAUGUGCCGUCACCAUCGAUGGCAAUGCAGUCAGUGUGCAAUUCUGCCACGUUUAUCCUUUCAGCGGGUCCAGAAAUUCUGCAGUGUGAACGGUGCAGCAGAAUCCCAUUGAAAACAAUAGGAGGUUGCGAAAUUCUUCUCCGAAACUCCUGGUCUGACUGAAGUCUGGAUGCAGGGAAAGGGGGAUGGCAAGUUCCCCAACUAGGAUAUCCACCUGUACUAUUGGUUUGUAUAAAGAAUUCUAAUGAUAGGUAUACUGUAAAAUUCCCAGUACAUUGCAUCGGGGCCCAGUAGCCCUUGUAAUGAUAGAUCAUAUGAAUAGCACUUAGAGAUAAGCCUAUUGCACUUUUCAUUGCAGGCAGCUAUCUGAAAACUACACAUUAUUCUGGUCAAUGUCUGUAUUUUCUAU